CUGUGUUUCAACAUGUGGCUCUGCAGUUUCCUGCUAAAUUUGGAUUUUAAAUCAGUUGCGCUGUUUUUGGUGGUUUUCAUCCUAAUAGCAGAUUAUGUUAAAAACAGGAAUCCUCCAAAUUACCCGCCUGGACCACGGGCUCUGCCUCUUUUGGGAAAUAUUUUUGAUUCUGACCCUAAAUUUCCACAUUUGAGCUUUUCCAAGAUGGCUGAAAUUUAUGGAAAUGUCUUCAGCCUUCGAUUUGGCAGCGAUAAGAUUGUGUUCAUCUGUGGAUAUAAGAUGGUGAAGGAAGCCUUACUGAACCAAGCUGACAUCUUUGUGGAUCGUCCCUUCAGCCCGAUGGUUGAAAGGUUCUACUCAUCAACAGGAGGAGGUCUCUUCAUGAGCAACGGAGAGAAGUGGAAAAAACAGAGGCGUUUUGCUUUGUCCACUUUAAGAAGCUUCGGCCUGGGCAAAAGCACCAUGGAGCAAUGCAUCUGCGAGGAGAUCCAGAACCUGCAAGAAGAGAUACAGAGUUACAAAGGAGCACCAUUCAGACCCGCUGGCCUUUUCAAUAAUGCUGUGUCCAACAUCAUCUGUCAGCUGGUGAUGGGGAAACGUUUUGACUACAGCGACCACAGAUUUCAGACUAUGCUCUGUUACUUGGCUGACACUUUUUAUCUAGAAGGCACAGUGUGGGCUCAGCUGUACGAGUCGUUCCCCUGGCUGAUGAAGCACUUGCCUGGUCCACACAACAGAAUGUUUGAGAACAUUGUGAAGGUCACUGAAUUCAUCACUGAGGAGGUGCAGAACCACAAGAAAGACGUGGACCCCAGUAACCCUCGAGACUACAUUGAUUCCUUCAUCGCCGAGAUGCAAAAUCAUAAAGACUCUGAUGCUGGUUUUGAUGAGAAAAAUUUGGCUUAUUGUGCCAUGGACCUGUUCUUGGCUGGGACAGAGACCACCUCCACCACUCUGCAGUGGACCAUGAUUUACCUCAUAAAGUACCCUGAAGUGCAGGAAAAGGUCCAGGAAGAAAUAGAUAGAGUGAUUGGACAGAAUCGUUUGCCCACAAUGGCAGACCGGGCCAACCUGCCAUAUACCGACGCAGUGGUCCAUGAGAUCCAGAGAGUAGGAGACAUAGUGCCUCUAAAUGCCAUGAGACUGGCCUCAAAAGACACCACUCUGGGAGGAUACUUCAUUCCAAAGGGGACUAGCAUCAUGCCCAUGCUGCACUCAGUGCUCUUUGACAAGAGUGAGUGGGAGACUCCGGACACGUUUAACCCUGGACACUUCCUGGACAAAGACGGAAAGUUUAGAAAGAGAGACGCUCUGCUGCCUUUCUCAGCAGGGAAACGCGUGUGUCUUGGUGAGGGCCUCGCUAAAAUGGAGUUGUUCCUGUUUAUUGUUGGUUUGCUACAGAAGUUUUCGUUUUACGUUUCGGACGGAGAGGAACUGAGGACCGACGGGGUGACCGGGGCCACACGUGUUCCGCACCCCUUCAAGAUUCACGCUAAAGUCCGCUAGGUCCAACCUGUAGCACAAUCUAGACUACAGGUUGUUCUGUCUAAUUAGACUAGACUAAGACAAUAAAGACUGUUAAAAGCGAAUGUAAACCGAUUUACGUUUAAUAAAAUUUAUUCACUUUGGAAUUACAGCCAGCGAGAAAUCAUUCUUGGACGCCAUCUAGUGGUAGAUUUGAGUGCUAGCUCUGUCUUUGUCUUUAGCCCGUUAUUUGUCUUGCUGUUGUUGUGGGAGAUAACCAGUUUGUUAAAUAAUAAGAAAUGAAUUUUCUCAGAUAUUAUAGUCUAUAAUUAGCACUUCUUAAUGAUGAUUCUGUAAGCAUACAACAUAUUCAUAUUAUUAUUUCCAUG